GAUUGGUCGAUGAACUCGAUCUUGACUCCCAGCAGGAAUCUUCCACAUCAUUGCAAAAAGUGUGGACUAGAGCAAAGCGCAGGUGGAAGUGUAGGAUGGCCAAUAUUUACUCAUUUUUUUUUUCACAAUGUCCCUCCGAAAAAUGUGUUAUCAGUGACGUCUGAAGAAGCUACCUUUAUGUCAAAUAACGUUACCUGCCCCUUCUUUCAAGAAGAGAAGUAACUUUUGAUAUCGUCUCUUCUUUUAAAUACCUGCUCAACAUAUACGUGCUCUCCAUAUUAUCUUCCGUUAGUUUUAAAAAGCCUGCAAGGAAAUAUUGUGAAGACAGUUCGACAAAUGACUAUCUAGUGCGAUAACCAAUUUUCGAAAUGACCAAUUGGAUUUUUCUCUUAUCAACAUUGGCUGUGGUUAACUGUAGGCCCCAAAAUACCCAAGAAACACCAGCAGUAGAGAUUGAAAAACAACACGUAAUAGAAAUCACACCGCGCCAACUGUACGAAACAAAUGAUCAGAAAGAACUAGACGAAAGUACGAAAGAAAUCCUUGAGAAAAUAGCACUAGUCAAUGAAAAACAGGGAUUAAAUAAGAAAAAACCCCGACCACACUAUCAACACUUCCCGUUCAGUUAUUUAAGAUCGCAGGAGUCCAGACAAGGAGAUGAUUUUAAAUUCCCGAGGGAUCCAUUCACGAACCCGAUCCUGGACUACGUCGAAGGCAAACAAAAGGAACCAGCAGCAGACAAACGGACUCCAAUCACCACACAAUUCAGUGAUGAGGAAAGUGAGGAAAGUGAGGUACCACCUGGCCAGUACAUCAAACGUAAAGUAAUCCACCAACAAACAAUGAUCGUACCAGGAGCUAGUUUCAUGCCGGGGGGUUUCAACCCACCCCCACCUCCACCCCCACAAGCAAGCAUCCCCCAGUCGUUUUAUGCCAUGAAUCAAAACGUGAAAAAAAGCGAACUGGAGGCACAAACUGUUAACAAUGUUAGAAAUAUUGUUGGAAAUUCGCAAUACUUGUACAAUCCAUACUUGCAACAAUAUAACCCGUAUCUCUACCAGCAAAUACAACCCACUGGACGUCAAGGGCAAUGGCCCCCACAAUGGCCCUUUGCCCAGUACUUCCCGAUCAUAAUAAAGGACCCCCUCAUGCAUAUGUUCAAUGCUAUGACCACAAUGAUCGAGUAUGGGCCUCAGGCGGGUCAAGGGGGCAAUAAGUGCAAACAUUUAGAAAAAAAAUCACGAGAAAUCACAACGAAGCCCAAAUUGAGCUACAAUGUCGUGGAUAAUGGAAAAGGGGCCGAAAUAUAUGUCUCAAACGAAGACGAUUCAAACAUGACCACAGUCCUCGAAAUUGAAGAUUUGCAAAUAAGGGACAAACCAAAUUUAAACUUGCGGCGAGAAUCGAAGCAAAAUCAGGAAAUCAAGAAAACAUUUUUCUACAAUACGACUGAUCCCUUGUCCAAUCCCCUGAUCCAGACUUUACAAAUCACCAAAAGCGAAAUCAAUUCCAAUGAUACCUCCCGACAGUCGCCUCCGAUUCGUGACCAGGAGCUAGGUGAAGACGAAAUAGAGCUGGAGGAGUUGGAUAAGGCGGAAGACGUGCAAGUGUCACACGAUGGAAACAAGAAACUCUUCAGUAAGGAUAACACCGGAAGUGGGAUUUUUGUCCAUAAAAUCAAAGUCAGGAAAGGUGGAGUGGCCAUCGCAGGACCUGGAGGUAUCGCAACCGCUGGCAGUGGUGGCACUGCGAUUGUUGGACCCAAUGGAUUUGCUUAUACACACCCAGAUAGUCUCGCAAUUGCGGGUUCAGGGACUAAAGUGGUGGCUGUGGAACCGACGAUUAAUCUUGCGACGGUUGUUAAUGACCAUAAGAAUAAGACGAGGGGGCAAGGGCAUGCAGCACCGUCAAGGUUGGGGAAAGUUGUGGCGGUGGGGCCGGUUAUUUAUUAUAAUAAAGGGUGAUUGUAAAUUUUGUACAUAGGCAACACAUUAAACCAGCGCUGUUUAACGCAAUUUUUUUAUUUUUUUAACGUGUUUUUUGGAGUGAAAAAAUCGAGCGAUUUUAAGCAGGUUUGAGGUAGAAAGUUACUUAUUUUGCAAGUUUAGUCGCAAGUAAAACCAAUCGAUUAAUACAGGGUUAGUCAAUAAUGAGUUACUUCUGAAAUGUCCUAAGAUGCAACCAAAAAUACUAAUUGCGCUUGGACAACACUGAAUGAACACUGGUUUUUUAUUUUUUUAUUAAUAAUCAUUCAUAAUAAAAUUUUAGCAAAACUGUCAAGACAAACUUGACACUACCUAGAACAAUGUAAUCGUGGAUGAAAUUUAAUUUUUUUAACGAUUACUGUUUUGGUCAGCUGGAAUCGGUAUUAUUGGUUGCAUGUUUAUAGAAAUUCAGAAAUAAGAAAUGACCCACUAUUGACUCAUCCUAUAGAUUAGUGUAGAUACUACCUAUCUAAAUAAAUGAAUAUGUUUUUUUAGUUCUUUAGUACGUACCUAUCUAGCAUUUUUCUCAAAUAAAUUUAAACAAAAUGUUAAUUUCAACUUUAAUUAUCAAAACUCUGUUAGAAAACAGUCGUGGUUUGCGAAUUAAAAAAACUAAUAAGACUAAUUAUGUAAUAAUAAGUCUCGAUAAAAAAGAGAAAAAAGGCAAUAGAUUCAAGUAUAUUUUUUUUCCAUAAUUCCGCCAGUAUCUUUUUUUUUAAAUAGAAUUCAACUUUUUUUACAUCGAAUUCAACUUUUUUGACCUUCAAACGUGUAACUUUAGUGUUGUUUCCCUGUCAAAGCGGUUAUCACUAUUAUAGGCAGUAAACUAAACUAAGAAAUUACUAAACUAAGUCUGACUAUAUUAAAAUUAUACAAAACUGAUCGGAGAUUGCAUUACGACUCCACUAUUUUCCUUGUUUAAAAAUCAUAGCAAAAUGUAGUAACAAUGUAAAGAUUUUUGAAAUAUAAUUGUUCCUUAUAUUUAAAUCUUAUACAAUUAAUUUUUUUGGAAAUAAUAUUUUACUCAGAUAAGAAGCUGAAAAUGUCGUUUAGAUGAAAGAACAUAAUAUUAUAUAUUAUGUACCUACCUCAACAACUAAAUAGAAACUGUACAAGUAGAUCUGAAAUUUCAUUGCCAUUUGUCAUUGCCAAAUAAUUGUAUUACGUUUCAGUAAACGACAGUUUAAGGUGUACACAUGAUAAUAAUUUUAUAUUUACACAUCCAACAUCCAACUUAUAAAAAAGUUUGUUAGAAAUAAGUCCAAAAAUUUCUGAAUUAAAUUAAGUUAAAAUUAAAAUUUCUAAGUUUCGGAGCUUUCAGAGAAGUCAAUUGAAAGAGCUAGAAAUUAAAAUCAAAAUAAGAAAAAAAAAGCUGAAACUAAAAAAUCUAUAAAAUGAAAUCAAUACGCAAAUAAUAACUGAAUAACUGAGAACCACUUGAAAAACACCAAAAUUCCGAAACUCUUAAUUGCAAUGACAAAAUUUUUAACCAAAACCAAAAAAAAACAACUUUGAUCAUAAGUUCAAAAUUAUAUAAAUUGUAAAAAGUUUAUCUUAAUGAGUUGCAGGUUUUUCAAAAGAUCAAGUUUUCGAUUUUUUUCUGUUUUGAUCUUUCAGGUUUAUUCAUUUUGAAUUUUUAACUUUUUUUCAGUAUAUUCAUUUUUUAUAUUUAGAAAUGAGAUAUUUAUUAGAUUUUGCUUUUUUAUUUUUAGGAAUGUUUGGUUUUCAAUAUGUUUUGGUUAAGCUGCAUUUACAUUUUUUAGAAUGUAAAGUACAUAUUUUUACGUUUUUUGCUUGACAGGACGUUUUUCAUGC